CACGGCAUCCAAACGUUCCAUCACGGUCUUUACCCUUUUUCUCCCCACGUGAACUUCCUUCAUCACUCCUUGUGAUCAUGGCUGCUUGUCCUCACAUCUCCUCGGCCAAUCUCUCUCCACCGAAACCCACCGAUUCCGUCUACCGUGAAGACUGCACCCUUUGCUUCGACAGCAUCGACGAUGCCGCUGGUCUCGAUGUCUGCCUCCAUUGUUUCAACGGCGGCUGUGCCGGCGAGAGAAUCCAUUCCAGACUGCACGCCCAACAAGCAAAUCACCCUCUCGCACUCAACAUCAAGCGCACUCGCAGGCGGAAAGAGCGAGAUGAGGGCCAGCCGCCGGAGAAGAUGACCAAGCUGGCCAUCCAGGCCGAAACGGACGAGGAUCGUUACAUCACUCACACAACUGUACGCUGUCUGGAAUGCGGAGUCGAUGACAUCAAACAGGAUGGCAAGCUGGCCCAGGUGGUGGAAGGUGUGCUCAAGGCGAACACAUUCGCGCGAGAGGCGGAGGUCCAAGCGUGGGAGCAAGAGAUGAUUCCCUGCGAGCACACUCUAUGCCUUGAGCAAGAGCCAGGAAGGCCUAUACCCUCCGGAGAUCUUGGUCACUGUCGGGAGUGUGACCUGAAAGAGAACCUGUGGCUGUGUCUGACGUGCGGGAAUCUGGGAUGCGGGAGGAAGGUGUUUAUGGGGAUGGGACCGCCUGGUAACAACCAUCAAGUUGAACACAACAAGGCUACAGGUCACCCAGUGGCCGUCAAGCUGGGCUCGUUGACCGCCGAGGGCAACGCGGACAUUCACUGCUAUGCGUGUGAUGAAGAGCGGACAGAUCCCGAACUGGUUGCUCACCUCGCGAACUGGGGCAUCGACAUUGCCAGCAGAACCAAGACCGAGAAGAGCGUGGUCGAAAUGCAGCUGGAGCACAAUUUGAGUUACGACUUCAGCAUGACAACGGCAGACGGCAAAGAGUUGAAGGCCUUGUUCGGGCCGGGUCUGACGGGACUGAAGAACCUAGGUAACAGCUGCUAUCUGGCAUCAGUCUUGCAGUCCUUAUUCUCCAUGCCGGAGUUCGCACACCGCUACUACCGACCGGACGAGGCCAUACCGCCCCUUGCAAAACCCGCGGAUGAUCUGGAGGUGCAGCUCCGCAAAGUGGCAGAUGGCCUGCUCUCUGGCCGAUACAGCGUCCCGGAUAAAGACCUACUGCAUUCCCCGGACGGCUCCGAACAGCCUCACCAGAGAGGGUUGGCGCCUGCAAUGCUAAAACAUCUCAUUGGCAAAGGCCAUGCCGAAUUCAGCACGAUGCGACAGCAAGAUGGCUUUGAGUUGCUACUGCACCUUCUGAAGCUCGUCACCCGGUCGCAGCAAGCUGCUCGUGCACAAUACAAAGACGUCACAGACCCCGUCGAAGCCUUCCGAUUCGUCAUGGAGCAGAAGCUUCAGUGCUUGCAUUGCAUGAAGGUUCGCUACCGACAAGAUGAAAUGGAGAACCUAUCGGUCGCCGUGCCCAUCAAGCGACUACCACAAACCGACACCGUCAUGGUGAAUGGCGACAAAGAUGAGAAGAAAGAGGAAUUCGAGGCCGUCACCCUCAAAGAAUGCCUGGACAACUUUACCGAGCCCGAAAUCGUGGAGUUGAAAUGCUCCUCGUGCGGAGAGGAGGGCUUCACCAAACAGUCGCUGUUCAAGACUUUCCCAACAAUCUUCGCCAUCAAUGCGAGAAGAUUCGAGCUCGUCAACUGGGUGCCGAUGAAGCAGGACGUACCGGUUAUCGUUGGAGACGAGGUCUUUGACUUCGAGCCUUACCGUAGUCAAGGCAAGCAGCCUGACGAAGAAGAACUGCCGGAAGACAUGGACAUAGCAGCGGGCGGAUCGGCGAGUGCAGGAGGGGCUUUCGUCCCGAACGAAGCAUCACUAGAAAUGCUGAUGGGCAUGGGCUUCCCUCGAGUACGGUGUGAAAAGGCUCUCCAAGCGACCGGUAACGUGGAGCCGGACAUGGCUGCGGCGUGGUUAUUCGAGCACAUGGAUGAUCCAGAUAUCGACGAGCCGAUCCCGAAUGCUGGCGGAGCAGCUGCAGCAGGGGCAACCUCCGCCAGCGGUGUUGCGGACCCGGAGAAAAUCGAGAAUCUCGGUGCCAUGGGCUUCUCAGCUCCACAGGCGAGACAGGCGCUCAAAGAAACGGGAGGCGAUAUGGAGCGCGCAGUGGAUUGGCUCUUCUCGCACCCGGACGCCACGGGUGAUUUUGGCGAGGACGACACCCCUGCUGCUGCUGGCGAAGGUAGUACAGCCGCGUUGCCUGCAGCUGGGGUCGAAGCAGACACGAAGCCCGCGCUCUUCGGCCUGAGCAGCAUCGUCUGCCACAAAGGGGCCUCCAUCCACGCGGGCCACUACGUGGCGUUUGUGAAGAAGGCAUUGCCGGCUAGCGAGGGCGGGGGAGAGGGAUGGGUGUUGUUCAACGAUGAGAAAGUGGCGCUCGGCGGCGAUGUGGAGGAGAUGAAGAAGUUUGCGUACAUCUACUUCUUCCAGCGGGAGGGCGCUUGAUGGUCGGGCUUCACCCCCGGCCUGCUUACUCGUCCUCGAGCUGGAAGCGACAAUGGACAAGUACAUGGUUGAGCACGCAACCACAUUUGCCGCUAUGAAUGGUAGACAUUGAAGUAAUGUGAAGAGGCUGAGAAUACCCGACGCUGGCUUCGGAGAGUGCCAGCAUCAUCCGAUCCUCCGAACGCUUACCACGGCACGCCGACUCGGCGGCGUCAGCAUUGGACGAAGUGCACAGUAUAAGAGAUGUAGACCGCAU